AUGAGUACUCAUUCUCAAUCCCCUGAACCAUCUGCCCCACUUUCCAGUCAAACCAAGCACCAUGGGUCCGGGAGGCAUUGGACCGAUGAAGAAAGUGCUCUGUUGGAAAAACAUCGGGAGGAGUACAGAGACGCCAACGACGCUGCUCGUGCUGAGAUAUUUUCUCGAGUUUUGCAAGACAUGCUCGACAUACUCCCCAAUGGAAAAUCGUUCAAGAAGGAAGAAAGAUCAGCUGUUAAAAAAGAUAUUAAAGAGUGGUUUGCCCGGUACAGUCGUAAGAGAAGUCAGAAAAUGCCGAGGAUGGGAAAGUCGUGGCACGCCCGGUGUGUGUUCCAGCAUGAGAACAAGGACGCCAUCGAUACUGAAGCGAAAAGGCUUUGUGCCGAAGCCAUUGAAGAGGGACAAAAGAGGCCUAAAGGGGGAGAUCCCACUCAUUUUUAUUUUCGGGAGCGGGUCGUGACUCAAAUGAUGGGAAAACUGAAGAAAAGGGAGAAAGACGUACUGCAGAGGACGGCCGAGGAGUACAACAAGAAGGGAGUUGACCCAGAACUCAAGUCCAAACUGGCUGUAAAGAACUGCACGGCUCGGAUGCAUGCAUUUUCCAAGGAACUUUAUGACACAAUGGGUGUCUGGGUCUUUAUCUUAGGAUGUUAUCUGAAGCCCAAUGGUAAUUUGGACGUCUCGACGUACGACUUCAAUCAAGAACUCGGCAAUGGGAAAGACUUUAUUGAUAACCAUAGCUGGACUUUCCAUGAGGAAGGAAUAUCGGUAUCUUCUUGGAGAGCACACAAUGAAGAAUACUAUGGGUUGGAGGAUCUUGCUUUGGCCGAAGGAGGACACCGAUCCCGGGGUGCUAUGACUUUGGAGAAGAACCUAUACCUGGAACCUAUUCUACCCAAUCCAUCGAAACCACCACUUAAAACUUCCUGCCCUGUAUCACUAAACAUUUGUCUACUUAGAUCUUGCAGCUGGGCAGAAUCAGUAAAUGGAGAAGGUAACAACUUUUACAAGUUUCUUGAUCCCUCCAAAUUCCCGAUGGAGAUGGUCACUGAAGCUCUCAAGUUUUGUGUUGGGAAGGGCAAGAAGCCCGGCAGAAGCAAGGGUCAAAGGAGAGGCUGGGCAGCAACCAAGUCACCAUCAGAUGAGGAAGCCAUGCCAAAGAGAAAGGAAGGGGUGGAAGAUCAGCAGUUCGAUGACAAAAGUUGGAAGGAUUUGGAUGUGGACAAGCCGGUCAAGAAACGAACCGAACAGUUUUCUAAGGAUGACUGGACUCCUGAUUGGGAUGGCUCCGAUGACGAUGGAGAAGACUUGGAUGUGGAGAAACCAACCAAGAAACCAACCAAACAGCAUGAUGAACAUCGUGAGGAUGGCUCUGAUGAUAGUGACUCAGACUCCGAUAAUGGUCAAGAGAGGCCAAAGCAGGAUACUCUGACCGAGCCCACAGUGAAACCUAGCAGGGUCAACCCGACCUUGGAAGAGGAUAGAGACUCGGGAUCAGAUUUGGGCUCAGACAAUGCUACGAUCACUGUAGAUACCAGCCCCGAGCUUCAGCCUCGGUACAACGACACCCGGGCUCUCUCCCAUGAAGUACCAUCGGACACUGAGGUCUUGGCUGAUGAUACAUUUUGGGAAGCCGACCUGGGCUGUGGGGUGGAGUCGGCCGAUCGAGCGAAGAAGAGAAAAUUCACUGAUGAGGAGGAUACACCCUGCAAGUUUCCUCGGUUAGAGAAGGGUUACAAACUUGGCCCGAGGAGUGCCCAACCAGGCAAAGUCAAAUGCCGAGCUGCCUCGGCUGUUAUCCAAGCCACUGUCAAACCAGCUCAAGCAACCAAUCCGAGGUCGGACACAACCAAAGCUUCGAAUAGCUUUGAUUUCACCAAGUCAAGUGGUGUCAAUGCAAAACGACCAGUCCCUUCAAAACAAAAGAAGUCAGAGGCCAGUCCCAGUCAGCAACCAUCUAUUGAUGUCCCCACCAAGCCAAAACCAAAGCCUCGUCCUAUCAUGAAAGGCAAGGUUUCUACAGGGGAACUUGGUAUAGUAACCUGA